CAACCCUCAAUCCCUCAUUUUGAUGGUCAUCAUUACGACCAUUGAAGUAUGUUGAUGGAGAAUUUUCUCUGGUCCAUAGAGUAUUGGACCAUUGUUGAAGCUGGAGUUCCAGAACCAACGACAGGUGCAAAUGAUGCACACAGGGCAGAAAUUGAGAAGGAAAAAUUGAAGGAUCUCAAGGCUAAGAACUAUUUGUUCCAAGCCAUAGAUUGGGCUAUCUUGGAAACAAUUCUUAACAAGUCUACUUCCAAGAAUAUUUGGGAUUCCAUGAAGAAGAAGAUGAUGGCUAUUGCAAACAAGAUGAGGAUCCAUGGUGAAAAUCUAGAGGAUGUUGCUAUAGUAGUGAGACCUGAGAUGGAGGAAAGCAAAGGGAGUGACGAGCUAGAAAGCUACCUUCUUGUGUUCGGCGUCUAUUUCACUCUAGUUCUAAGGCGUGACAACAAAGAAGGUAGGAGUUGGCAACUAUGGGAACGAAGCACAAGUGAUCCGACGGCUAAAGGACAUGGAGGACAGAGAGAAGGAGAUGGUUGGAAAAUCAAAGAAUCGAAGGUAGAGAUGAUGGAUCAUCAAUUUUGUAGGAAGCUUUGGGGAUCAGAGAACUUUGAUUGGGUUGCGAAACCAUCUAAAGGGGCAUCUAGUGGUUAAUUUGUAUUUGGAAUUGUGAUGUGUUGAGGAAGGAAAAAAUCAUUGAAGGUGAAAAUUUUGUGGGAGUUUUUAGAUUUUGGGGAGUAUUUGCAAUCUUGUUCCCAUUGUGAAUAUUUACUCUCCAUGUGACUUGCCUAGUAAAAGGGCUUUGUGGAA